AGGAUUCCUCGGGCAGAGCAUGCAAUCAGUUUGCAGGGAGCAGCCGCAGCCACAGGAAAGAUGCAGAAGCACAACCAGAAGGAGCACCUCUACAAGCUGCUGGUGAUCGGGGACCUGGGAGUGGGCAAAACCAGCAUCAUCAAGCGUUAUGUCCACCAGAACUUCUCCCUCCACUACCGGGCCACCAUCGGCGUGGACUUUGCUUUGAAGGUGCUGAACUGGGAUGCUGAGACUGUGGUACGGCUGCAGCUCUGGGAUAUUGCGGGACAGGAAAGAUUUGGAAACAUGACCAGGGUGUAUUACAGAGAGGCUAUGGGGGCAUUUAUUGUCUUUGAUGUUACAAGACCUGCGACGUUUGAAGCAGUGACAAAAUGGAAAGAGGAUUUGGACUCUAAGUUGGUUCUUCCAAAUGGCAAACCUGUGCCAGCAGUCCUAUUAGCAAACAAAUGUGACCAGGGAAUAGAUGUUCUUAUGAACAACGGCAUCAAGAUGGAUCAGUUCUGCAAAGAGAACGGGUUCGUGGGCUGGUUUGAAACAUCAGCCAAGGAAAAUAUAAACAUCAAUGAAGCUUCCAGAUGCUUGGUGAAACACAUAAUUGCUAGUGAGAGUGAUCCAGUUCAGUCGGUUGAACCAGAUAUUGUAAAACCACACUUGAAUUCCUCCAAGAUUGUCAGUUGUUCAGCUUGCUUUAAAUCCUAAGAGACUUCCAGACUAUUACAAGAGCUGAACAACUAUGAUUCACAAUUUAUACUUUAUUCAACGAAACCAGCCUGCCCACAUUGUCCCUAAGCAGAUUGUAAUUUUCUCAAAAAUAUAUUUAAAUUUUUCUCUCUUUUUUUCAGCUAAAAUUUAUUAUGAGGUGUUAAUUGAUAGCAACUAUUCAAAACUCCCUAUGGCUAUUGUUCAAGUAAGACUCAUGGUGAUGGCUGUGCUUUCUUAUUUGAGUGGCACCAGUGAUAUCAAAACCCAUUUCUUUGCCAUGUGGUUUUUGCAAAUUCGUAUUUGUGAUGGGACUGCAGCAGCACCCUACUUGUCCUUUGAUUUCCAGGAUGUUUUCUCAAUACCUUGACCAGGCAAAGGUCAUCAUUGUGCUCUGUCACCCCUCAAACUUGAAUGAUCUUGUUUCAUAUAAGGAAGAUUAUGACAAAGAUGAAAAUUGAGCUGUUCAAAAAGAGACACCAAGAAUGCUUACAAUUAAAUACUUCCCCUUGCAAGUUCAGUCUCCUGGAUGUAGUGACAGGACUAAACAUGCAGGAACAUUUCACAUCAUUCAGUUCUCCAGAAGAUCUGAUCUUCCAAGACUGAUGAAGAAUUGGCUCCCUCUUUCUGAGGAGUUGCAUUCUCAUAGUUGAUAGCCUUAUCUUAGAUGAAGCAAAAUAGAACAAGUCAAGGGUGAGGGGUGACAAAACAGGAAAUCAGGGGUACAGUCUCCUGGGUGAAGCAGAUCAGGGUUUUUGAAAGGAUUAUCUAUUCUAUAAAGCCAGCAUUUCCUCUGGAAAGCCCAUAUUGAUUUUUUCCCUCCCUCUCAUUCCUCAUGUCACAGAUAUCCCCGAGUGUUUAAACUGUGUGUAUUCUAUCAGUCCUAACAUGCAUCCCUUCAUUAUGUUUAUUCUCAUGGGAAAAUUCACUAUCCACACUCUAAGAUACCAGCAGAACUUUUCAGGAAUCCAUCUGUGUUGAGUAGAAGGGUAUUUGCUUUCUGAAAACAUUCUUCCAAAAUGUAUAUGAAUCAUCACAAUAAGCAAGCAAAAUGAAACAGGCUUAAGAGACACUUCUGGAAGAUGUGAAGAAUUUAUUGAGCCAUACUGUGGAAAUGAAAUUGUUGAUUUUCAGCAUCUCACAAAAAAAAUGCAUGUUGGUGGAGUCAUUCAGAGAUGUGUGUCUAGAAAAGAAGUCUUGGCAUCUGGCUGCAAGCCCCUUCAAGACAA